AAAUUUCUAAAUAAAUCUUGGCCGUUGGCGCAUCCGACAGCUGCAUCGCGAUCGCAAAACUGCUGACUCUGCGACAUUUACGCCGUACGUGCGCACCAUCACAACCCGGUAUAUUGUAUUGUUGGUCUCCUGAGUUCUUGCAGCCGCGCACGCAACCAGCGCGAGCUACACCAAACACCGAUACUCCACCACAGGUGUCGGCGGGAAAAGUGACCCACGGGGCACACGACACCAAAAGCAGCCCACCAUUCCGUCGUCGCAGGUCUUUCUUCUUCCUCUUCCCGCUCGACCUCCCUAACGUCCCCUCCGUGAGACGUUCCGACAAACACCUCGCGUAUAGCUGGCGUCCGCCAGCAUUUUCAGGCAACCACCGUCCUGUGGGCCUACCCUCUCAAACGGACGCCGCAAAGUCUGUUUGAGUUGGCAGUUAGUGUCCCGCGGAAGAACCUCAUCUUCCUUCGACCUGCCGACCUUGCCCUCCCACCCUCCCACCUCCAGCCAACCCCGACCGCCCCAGCUCUCGCUGCUGUUGCUGCUGCUGUCCUGCGCAGAGAAUAGACGGAUAUGGUCGAUAUUGAGGUCCCUACCAGCUCUGUCUUGUCGACAUCGGAGGCUACUCCGCAUCUGACUAUCAAUCAUGAUGUCGCCGACGAUUUAGACUCUAGCAACGCCUUCGAAGGCCCGGAGAAGCUGCUGGAGGUCUGGUUCGCCCCCAGUCCUUCAGCGCUUCCCGCUGGAGCCAACGAGAAUGGCCUGAUGGUUGUCCCCUCCCAGACCUGGAAGGAGAUGCUUCAGCUCGUCCACUGCGAGGUUCUCUCGGUGGUUUCCUCCGAGCACAUGGACGCCUACCUGCUCUCCGAGUCCAGCAUGUUUGUCUUCCCUCACAAGCUGAUCCUGAAGACUUGCGGCACCACCACCUUGCUCCUCGGACUGAGGCGCCUCUUGCGCAUCGCAGCUGUCGAAGCUGGCUUCCCCUUCCACAACGUCGCAGACAUCAAGGAUGAGGCCGCCAUGGCCUCCCCAUACCGUGUCUUCUACAGUCGCAAGAACUUCCUCUUCCCGGACAAGCAGCGCGGCCCCCACCGCAGCUGGAACGACGAAGUCAAGUUCCUCGACAACCUCUUCGAUGGAGGCAGCGCCUAUCUUGUGGGGAAGAUGAACGGGGACCAUUGGUACCUCUACAUCACCACCCCCGACCCACAGCUGACUCCCCCGCGUACCCCGGGCAGCAGCAAGGAGAACAGCCCUACUCGUCCCGCCAAGAUUCCCACGGGCAUCAUGUCCUCUUUCCCCCAACUCAGGGCCGGGGACGAGUACCAGGACGAGACGCUGGAAAUCCUCAUGACAGACCUCGACCCCGAGAAUGCCAAGCAGUUCUACCUGUCGCACGCGAGUGCGGUCGCGCGCGACCGGGUUCCUCUGCAGGCUGAGGAGGCGAGGAAGGAAGCUUCGAGUGGCGGCGCUCCCGAGAACAACAACGACGAGACGUUCGACGUGUUUGCCAAUGGUGUCAACGCUGGUGGUGACCAGGCUCCGAACCCCGAGGUCGAGCAGCUCACCUCGGAGGGCCACGCCCUCGGAACAGUCGUCUCGCAGAACUGCGGCCUGUCCGAGGUCUACCCCACCACCAAGUACCCCGACGCGCGUGUCGACGCUUACCUGUUUUCCCCGUGUGGCUUCUCCGCCAACGCCGUCAUCCCGGCCCCGGUCGAUGCCGACGCAGAGGUCCACGACGUCGUCAAGAGGACCGCGGGAGCCACGCACUACUUUACCGUGCACGUGACGCCCGAGCCGAACUGCAGCUUCGCCUCGUUCGAGACCAACGUCCCCGGGGGCCAGAACGGGCGCGAGACCGGCGAGAUCAUCGAGCACGUCGUCGGCAUCUUCAAGCCCGGCCGAUUCAUCGUCACGCUGUUCGAGGCCAAGGGCGCGUCCGCGGCCCGGGGCCCCGACCCCUACGGCCUGCGCAAGAACCGAAGCGAGGCUAUUUGCGGGUACAGGCGCGUCGACCGCAUCGUCCACCAGUUCGAUGAUUACGACCUUGUGUUUGGUUUCUUCCAGCGGGACGACUGGGUUGGGUUCGGUGGUGCUCGGGUCGGCGAGGAGUCUCCUCGCUCUUCUGUUCAUAUGGAGCUCUAGUGUGAUGCUCCUAGACGAUCAUUAAGGCGACAAUGAGUCUGGAUUACUGGUUCUUUGGUAUCGCGGCCUUUGUAUUUCAGAGGUGAUUGGGGCUGUCGGUUUCCUUUUCCUGGGGUAGCAAUCUGGUAUACUUAAGGAUCAUGACUCACGCUUCGGUGUCUCUUGCUGUUGAGUAUGACUAACGUGAGUAUGUGGUGAAAUGAGCAUUCCACGGAUUACGAUUUUGAUUAUGCUGGUUCUGCAACAGCCACCGCUCUAGGGCUUAUUUGUCCCUGAAUUCAAGACUUGGUGCCUUCGGGUUCGUCUCGUAUUCUGCAGUGCGGAGCGUGACACAUGGUGUUCGGAAUCACUGACAUACCGUGAGCGUAUAACUGACCGAUGUUUGGGGACCAUGGCAUCCUUGCUAGCUUUUCAGGAAGUGAAAGCGUUAGCAUCGUGACUGAUCCAGAGUUAGAUACCUGAUCUUUUCCUGGAGGCGUGGCCAGCAGAGGUUCAGUGUCAGAACAGGCAGUCGUGGUAGCUUGAGAUUGUCUUCCCGACAUCCCAAUGCUAGUACUGUCCGAUCUAUGGUAAGAGAACACCAGGUUCUUCUCUUGUUGUGGAAAUUUGUCACAUGGUAAUGCCACUUCAUCCGUGUUGUGUUAGCGAUCGCAUGUGCAUGUUAUAUGGGUAGCAUGCAGGGUUAUUUACCUUGCCGGAGUUAUACUUGAUUCCUGACUUAUGCAUGAUAUCCGAGAAGCACGAGGAGAGCUCAGAACAUGAGGGAAGGAUCCCAGACACAGUGGAAACCAGCUGUUGUAUUUCACGCCAAACACUGCAAACAUGGGGACGCUGUCGAUGCAAACAUUUGAAUUGAUUCUACUUUUGAUCCUGUA